AUGAAGGAGGAUCGCCUAAAUGCUCUGCUUCUUUUAUAUGUUCACAGAGACAUUAAACUUGAUUUUGAUAAAAUUAUUGACGAUUACGCCAUGAGAAAUCCACGUAAAAUGGUUCUAAUGAAUCCACUCUAUUUACGUCAAAUUAUGGUAUAUCCACAAAACAAAACAUCUACUGCAACUGAGAGACAUGGCCAAGAUUCGAGGAAUGUACUGGGAUUAUGUCCCCUAGGAUUUAGUGAAAAUACACAAGACCUGAUGUGUAAGAAGAUGUUGCCAUUUGAAAAACCUUAUAAGAAUCCUUGCUGGCAUGCCGAUUCCGGAGAACUCUUAUGCCUACCAUACUUUAUGCUUAUAGGAAUGCCAAAAUGUGGUACCACCGACAUCUUCUACUCAAUAAUACAACACCCGGAUGUCGAAUACCCUGUAAAUAAAUUUGACAAGCUUUUGAAAGAAACUCACUUCUUCGACGCUCUUCACUAUGGACUUGACUACGGUGGUAAUGAAAAUAGACCACCUACUUCACAUGAAAUGAGGUUUGAACAUUACGUACAGGCUUUCCGCCGUGCAGCAUCAGUUAUAAGCAUGAGGAGUGAUGUUAUAACAGGUGAGGCAACUCCGGGUUAUUUACAAAGGCUUUACAACUGGAUAUAUAUUCCACAGACUGAAAAUCGACCCUUUCCAAUAGUUUCAAUACCACAUACUAUUCAACAUAUUCUACCACGUGUUAAAAUAAUAAUUUCUCUCAGGGAUCCAGUUGAACGGAGUCAAUCAGCAUAUUUUUGUCGGCAUAGGAAGCAUAAACGUGUAAAUUUUGACAAAUUUGUGAAACCUUGUAUACAUAAAAUAGAACAAUGUUUCAAGAGGAGGAACCCAACCGAUUGUAUUAUGGAUACAGCAUUACGUAAAUCGUUUAGAUUGAAUGUAAAUGACUUUCUCAUUGGAUUAUAUUAUUACUAUAUUAAGGUUUGGAUGGACGUAUUUACUAGAGACCAGUUUUUAUUUGUGCCUUUUGAGGAAUACACCAGUAACAAGCAUGAGAUGAUGAAUAAGAUAUUCUCUUUCCUUGAAUUAAGACCUUUGAGUCAUAAGGAAAUGAAAGCAAGAUUCAUCAUACAAAAGAAAUGGAAAAAUAAGAGUCCCCAGUUACGAUACACACCAAUGAAUGAAUCGAGUUAUGAUGUCCUUCAUGAUUUCUAUCGACCUUUCAACGAGAAACUUAAUCGAUUUUUGAAAGAUGAAUUUAAUUAUACAUGGAAAAAGGAACAAUAUAACAUGUACAGAAAUCGUUUAAAAGGAUUCGCAACAUCAUAG